CCGUCUGGCGGGGCCGGAGCGGGGCUGAGCCGGGCCGGGCUGGGCUAAGCCGGGCUUGGUUAAGCCGGGCUUAGGCCGGGCCGGGCCGGGCCCCGCUGCCAUCGAGUAUGGGCCGCGGGGGGGUCCCGGACACGGGUGGGGUCUCGGGGGGGGCCCCGCUGCUGCUGCUGCUGCUGCGACUCGGAGCGGCCGCAGUGCUGCCGUGCCCGGAGGGGGCGACGCCCUGCGAGAACGGGGGGCUCUGCGUGCUGGACCCCCAAGGCCGGACCACCUGCCUGUGCCAGCCGGGGGUGCUGGGGGAGCGGUGCCACCUGCGGGACCCCUGCACCCCGUCGCCCUGCCCCCCCGGGGGGCUCUGCCAGAGCACCCUGCGCCAGGGCACCCUGCGCCCCCGCUGCCUCUGCCCCCCGGGCACCCGCCGUCCCGAGUGCACCCCCCUGGAGAUGCCCCCCUCCCCCCCCUGCGCCCCCUCCCCCUGCCUGAACGGGGGCACCUGCCGCCAGCCGGGGGAGGGGACCUUCGACUGCGCCUGCCUGCCCGGCUUCGAGGGUCCCACCUGUGAGACCAACGUGGACGACUGUCCCGGGCACAAGUGUCUCCACGGGGGGACCUGCGUGGACGGGGUCAACACCUACAACUGCCAGUGCCCACCCGAGUGGACGGGCCAGUUCUGCACCGAGGACGUGGACGAGUGCCAACUGCAACCCAACGCCUGCCACAACGGGGGCACCUGCUUCAACACCCAAGGUGGCCACACCUGCGUCUGCGUCAACGGUUGGACGGGCGAGAGCUGCAGCGAGAACAUCGACGACUGCGCCACCGCCGUCUGCUUCAACGGGGCCACCUGCCACGACCGCGUCGCCUCCUUCUACUGCGCCUGUCCCAUGGGCAAGACGGGUCUGCUGUGCCACCUGGACGAUGCCUGCGUCAGCAACCCGUGUCACGAGGACGCCAUCUGCGACACCAACCCCGUCAACGGCCGCGCCAUCUGCACCUGCCCCCCCGGCUUCACCGGCGGCGCCUGCGACCAGGACGUCGAUGAGUGCUCCAUCGGCGCCAACCCCUGUGAGCACUUCGGGCGCUGCGUGAACACCCAGGGCUCCUUCGAGUGCCGCUGCGGUCGGGGCUACGCGGGGCCGCGCUGCGAGAGCGACGUCAACGAGUGUCUGUCGGGUCCCUGCCGCAACCAGGCCACCUGCCUGGACCGCAUCGGGCGCUUCACCUGCAUCUGCAUGGCCGGGUUCAGCGGGCCCCUCUGCGAGCUGGAGGUGGACGAGUGCCAGAGCAGCCCCUGCGCCAACGGCGGCCACUGCCACGACCUGGUCAACGGCUUCUCCUGCUCCUGCCCCCCCGGUUUCUCGGGCCCCACCUGCCAGACGGACAUGGACGAGUGCGCCAGCACCCCCUGCCGCAACGGCGCCAAGUGCCUCGACCGCCCCAACGGCUACGAGUGCCGGUGUGCCGAGGGUUUCGAAGGUCCUCUCUGCGAGCGCAACGUGGACGACUGCUCGCCGGACCCGUGCCACCACGGCACCUGCCUGGACGGCAUCGCCAGCUUCUCCUGCGCCUGCGCCCCCGGCUUCACCGGUUACCGCUGCGAGCUCCAGGUGGACGAGUGCCACAGCAACCCCUGCCGCAACGGCGGGAAGUGCAUCGACCGCAUCAACGCCUACCAGUGCAACUGCCCGCCCGGCACCGCCGGUGUCAACUGCGAGGUGAACCCCGAUGACUGCGCCAGCGACCCCUGUGUCCACGGCGUGUGCCAGGACGGCAUCGACCGCUACGACUGUGUCUGCCAGCCUGGCUUCACGGGUCCCCGCUGCAUGGUGGAGACCAACGAAUGUUCCUCCAACCCCUGCCGGGAUGGUGGCACCUGCGUGGAGGGUGCUGACGGCUUCACCUGCCUCUGCCCGCCCGGCACCCGCGACGCCCGCUGUCGCCCCGGCGCCCCACCCUGCCGCAGCAGCCCCUGCGCCCACGGCACCUGCCGCGACCGUGGGGACGGGUUCACCUGCGAGUGCCAGGCGGGCUGGGGGGGUCCCACGUGUGCCCGCAGGGACGACCCCUGUGCCCCCCCCCCACCCUGCCGCCACGGGGGCACCUGCACCCCCCUGGGUGGGGGGGGGUACCGCUGCGCCUGCCGCCCCGGCUACCAGGGCGCCCAGUGCCAGACGGAGGUGGACGAGUGCUCCUCGGGGCCGUGCCACCACGGGGGCACCUGCCUGGACGGUGAUGGCACCUACCGCUGCCUCUGCGCCCCACCUUUCACAGGGCGGGCGUGCGAGGUGGCGCUGGCCCCCUGCUCCCCCAACCCCUGUGACAACGGCGGCGUCUGCGUCCCCACCCCCGACUACGGGGGCUUCACCUGCCGCUGCCCCCCCGGCUGGCAAGGCGAGCGCUGCCAGGAGGACGUGGACGAGUGCGGGCAGAGCCCCUGCCUGCACGGGGGGGGCUGCACCAACCACCCCGGCACCUUUGGGUGCCUCUGCCCCCGCGGCUACGGGGGGGGCACCUGCCAGCACGACCUGGACGACUGUCAGCCGGACCCCUGCCUGAACGGGGGGACGUGCCGGGACGGGGUGGGGACCUUCUCCUGCGCCUGCCCCCCCGGUUUCGGGGGUCCCCUCUGCGACGCCGAGGAGGACGAGUGCCGGAGCCGGCCGUGCCGCAACGGGGGCACCUGCACCGACUACGUCAACAGCUUCACCUGCACCUGCCCCCCCGGCUGGACCGGCCCCCACUGCCAGCACGACGUCCCCGACUGCACCCCCAGCUCCUGCUUCAACGGCGGGACCUGCGUGGACGGCGUCGCCUCCUACGCGUGUCGCUGCCCCCCCGGCUUCACGGGCACCCACUGCCAGCACCCACCCGAUGGGUGCCGGGCGCAGCCCUGCCUGCAGGGUGGCACCUGCGUCACCCACGGGGACACCUACCGCUGCCUCUGCCCGCCGGCCUACACCGGCACCCAGUGCCAGACGCUGCUGGACCUGUGCCGGGGGGGCCGGUGCGGGCAGGGGGGGCAGUGCAGGCAGGUGGGCAGCGCCGUGUCCUGCCUGUGCCCCCCCGCCUGGACGGGCAGCGACUGCGACGUCCCCAACGUCACCUGCGCCGCCGCCGCCGCCCAGCGAGGGGUGCCGGUGUCCCUGCUGUGCCACGCCCGCGGGCGCUGUGUGGGUGCUGGCAGCGCCGGGCACCGCUGCCUCUGCCGGGACGGCUUCGCGGGCAGCUACUGCCAGACGCCGCGCGACCGCUGCCUGCACAACCCCUGCCUGCACGGCGCUGCCUGCCGCACGCACGCCGGCGGCUUCCGCUGCGAGUGCCCGCCGGGUUACGUGGGUGAGCGGUGCCAGGUGGAGGUGGACGAGUGCCAGUCCCGGCCCUGCCAGAACGGGGGCACCUGCAUCGACCUGGUGGGACGCUACCUCUGCUCCUGCCCCCCCGGCACCCUGGGCGUCCUGUGCGAGAUCGACGAGGACGACUGCGCCCCCGGCCCCGGCCCCCCAGCACCCAAAUGUCUCCACAACGGGACCUGCCUGGACGGGGUGGGGGGCUUCUCCUGCGCCUGCCCCCCCGGCUACACGGGCGCCCGCUGCGAGGGGGACGUGGACGAGUGCCGCAGCACCCCCUGCCACCCCCCCGGCACCCGCGCCUGCGUCCAGGGUGCCAACGCCUACCGCUGCCUCUGCCGGCCCGGCUUCACCGGCCCACGGUGCCAGCACCCACUGAGCCCCUGCCAGUCCCUGCCCUGCCGCCACGGCGGGCGCUGCCAGCCCCUGCCCGGCACCCAGCACCGCUACGCCUGCCGCUGCGCCCCGGGUUUCAGCGGCCCCCACUGCGAGACCCCCCCGCCCUCCUGCCUGCACUUUGCCUGCGCCAACGGGGGCUCCUGCCUGCCCUCCCCCGCCGGCCCCCGCUGCCUCUGCCCCCCCGGAUUCGGGGGACCCCGCUGUCACCCCCAUGAUGUCACCAACGUCACCUGCCCCCCCGACGCCUGCCUCAACGGCGGCACCUGCGUCCCCUCGACCCGCCCCCCCUUCGCCCGUUGCCUCUGCCCCCCCGGAUUCGGGGGUCCCCGAUGUCAAGGGGGUCCCCAAAACCCCCCCGCGACGGAAUGCGAAGGGGGGUGCGGGGGGAAAGGGGGGGACGGGGUGUGUCACCGGGAGUGUAACACCCCCGCGUGCCGCUGGGACGGGGGGGACUGUUCCCUCCUGGUGGGGGACCCCUGGAGCCACUGCGGGGUCCCCGAGUGCCCCCCCCUCUUCAACAACAGCCGCUGCGACCGCGGCUGCGACACCCCCCGCUGCCUGUACGACAACUUCGACUGCCGCCCCCCCCACCGGGCCUGCAACCCCCUCUACGAGCAGUACUGCUCCGACCACUUUGCCGACGGGCGCUGCGACCAAGGGUGCAACAGCGAGGAGUGCGGGUGGGACGGGCUGGAUUGUGCCCAGGAGGUCCCCGAGGCGCUGGCCGGGGGGGUGCUGGUGGUCACCGUCCUGCUGCCCCCCGAGGAGCUGCGCCGCGCCGGCGCCGCCUUCCUGCAGCGGCUCAGCGCCAUCCUGCGCACCUCCCUGCGCUUCCGCCUGGACCCCCACGGCCGCUCCAUGAUCCGACCCCUCUACGGCCCCCGGCGGCUGCGCAGGAGGGAGCUGGAGCCACCACAGGUCAUCGGCUCGGUGGUGACGCUGGAGAUCGACAACCGGUUGUGCGCGCAGGCGUCCGACAAGUGUUUCCCCGACACCCGCAGCGCCGCCGACUACCUGGCCGCCCUGGCCGCCCUGGAACGUCUCCAGUUCCCCUACCCCAUCCAGGCCGUGCGCGGUGACAAGCUGCCCGAGGCGCCGACCCCGGUGCGGCUGCUGCCGCUGGUGGUGGUGGGGGGCCUCAUCCUGCUGGCCAUCGCGGCGCUGGGGGUGCUGGUGGCGCGGCGCCGGCGGGAGCAGAGCACCCUCUGGUUCCCUGAGGGCUUCAGCCUGGCCAAGGGCGGCAACCGGGACCGGCGGGAGCCUGUGGGGCAGGACGCACUGGGCAUGAAGGCCAUGGGGAAGGGGGAGACCCUGAUGGGUGACGCCGCGGAGGGGUGGCCGGACGGAGACUGCCCCGAGGCCAAGAGGCUCAAGGUGGAGCAGACGGGUGCGGAGCCGCAGGACCCGGUGGACUGCCGGCAGUGGACCCAGCACCACCUGGUCGCCGCCGACAUCCGCGUCCCGCCCGCCAUGGCCCUGACGCCGCCCCAGGGCGAGUUCGACUCCGACUGCGUGGACGUCAAUGUCCGCGGGCCAGAUGGCUUCACACCACUGAUGCUGGCCUCCUUCUGCGGGGGUGGCCUGGAGGCCGAGGUGGCCGAGGACGAGGAGGGUGACGACGCUUCGGCCGGCAUCAUCGGUGACCUCAUCUGCCAGGGCGCCAGCCUGGGCGCCCAAACGGACCGGACGGGUGAGACCGCCCUGCACCUGGCCGCCCGCUACGCCCGCGCCGACGCCGCCAAGCGCCUGCUGGACGCCGGCGCCGACACCAACGCCCAGGACAACACGGGGCGCACGCCGCUGCACGCCGCCGUCACCGCCGACGCCCAGGGGGUCUUCCAGAUCCUGAUCCGGAACCGCUCCACGGACCUGGACGCCCGCAUGGGUGACGGCUCCACCGCGCUCAUCCUGGCGGCCCGGCUGGCGGUGGAGGGGAUGGUGGAGGAGCUGAUCGCCUGCCACGCCGACGUCAAUGCCGUCGAUGAGACCGGGAAGUCCGCCCUGCACUGGGCCGCCGCCGUCAACAACAUGGAGGCGACGUUGGCGCUGCUGAAGAACGGGGCCAACAAGGACAUGCAGGACAGCAAGGAGGAGACCCCCCUUUUCCUGGCCGCCCGCGAAGGCAGCUACGAAGCCGCCAAGAUCCUCCUGGAUCAUUUCGCCAACCGCGAGAUCACGGAUCACCUGGAACGACUCCCGCGGGACGUCGCCCACGAACGGAUGCACCACGACAUCGUCCGUCUUUUGGACGAGUACAACUCGGGGCGCAGCCCCCAGGGCUCGUUACCCCCCAAUUCCUCGUUACCCCAUCUCCUCGGUCCCCCGACUUCUUUCCUAGGAGGUCUCAAACCCCCCAACGGUGGCAAGAAGAACAGAAGGUUGGGGGGGAAAAUGGGGGGGGGGAAAGGACGGGGGAAGAAAUUGGGGGGCGAUUGUCCCCCCGGGUUGGAGAGUUCGGUGACGUUGUCACCCGUCGAGUCCCCGUACGGCCCCAACCCCGCGUCCCCCGGAAUCUUCUCCCCCCCGGGCUUGGACCCCCCUUUUACCGUCACCUUGGGACAACCCUUAAACGUGGGGCGAUUAUCGGGGGGCCCCCCCCCAAGAUUGGUUUUGGGGCCGGCGACCGUCCCCUUCGAAUGGCGGAAUCGGGUCCCCCCAGGAACGUCGAAUUUGGGGGGGUUGCACCCCGUUUUACACCCCACCGCUCAAACUUUCGCCCCCGCUUUGCUCCUGCCCCCCGGCGCCGUGGGGUGCCCCCCGCCCGCCGAACCCCUUUCCCGCGGUCCCCGACCCCUCUCCCCUGAAAACGGGGGGGUCCCCCGCUCCGCCGCCCCCCGUUUUUUCAAGGCGGGGGAGGAGUACCCCGCGGCGGCGGCGGAGGGGAGAUAUUUGGGGGUCCCCAGCGAGCACCCCUAUUUGACGCCCUCCCCCGAGUCCCCCGAGCAGUGGGCGAGCCCCUCCCCCCCAAGUCCAGCCGUUCUGGGGCCCCCCCAAACUCAGUUGCCCCCCCCGCCCCCCGAGCAGCCCCCCAAAAUGCAGGUUUUUGCCUGAAGAGGUGGCGCCCGCUCGGCCCCCGAGGGACACCCCUAAAAUUGGGGACACCCCCAAACUGGGGAUAUCCCCCCCCAGCAUAGGGACACCCCUAAAAUUGGGGACACCCCCAAACUGGGGAUAUCUGCCCCCCCCCGGCAUAGGGACACCCCAUGGACACCCCUAAAAUUGGGGACACCCCCAAACUGGGGAUAUCCCCCCCCCAGCAUAGGGACACCGCAGAGAUAACCCCAAACUGGGGACACCCAAGGGGCACCCCCAAACUGGGGACACCCCCUUCCAGCAUGGGGACACCCCAGGGACACCCCCAAAUUGGGGCUAAGCCAGGGGACACCCCCAAACUGGGGACACCCCCACCAUGGGGACACCCAAGGGAUACCCCGAAUUGGGGACACCCCCAAACUGGGGACACCCCCAAAAUGAAGACACCCCCCCCAGCAU